AUGAAAUGCGAACGCGGACGUGAAUAUGAACGUGAGCGAGAAUGUAAACGUGGAUAUAAAUAUGAACAUAAACGUGAAUACAAAUAUGAGCGUGAAUGCGAACGUGAACGUGAAUAUGAACGUGGACAUAAAUAUGGAUGCCUACGUAAUAUCACUGAUAAUAUCAUAAAUUCCCCGAUGCGAUGCUUAUUUCUGCAAACACUUGGGCGGUUCAAAGAACAUUCGUUGAUUAAAUGA